AUGUUGAUAUAAUCCUAAAAAUGAACUCAAAUGUUAUAAUCCUUGAGAACAAGUACAAACUAAUGAAACAAAUCGGGAAAGGGGCUUUUGGGGAAGUCUACAUGGCUCAAGACAUAGAAAAUGGGCAAGAAUACGCUGUCAAGGUCGAAUCCAAAUCAGCCAAGUACCCUCAGCUCAACUAUGAAUAUAAAGUUAUGAGGCUUCUAGCCGACUGCAUUGGGAUCCCUAGUGUUUAUUGGUGAGGAGAGGUGGACGAUAAGGUAGCAAUGGUCAUGGACAAGUUCGGACCGUCACUGGAAGAAAUAUUUGUUUACUGUAAGAGAAAAUUUUCAUGAAAGACAGUUUGAAUGAUUGCUGAUCAACUAAUACAGAGGAUUGAAUAUCUUCAUUCCAGGUUUUUCAUACAUAGGGAUGUCAAGCCUGACAACUUCCUUGUUGGAAGAACUAAUGAAACUAGACAAUACCUCUAUAUGAUUGAUUAUGGACUAGCUAAAAGAUAUAGAGAUCCGAAAACUCUAGAACACAUUCCAUAUCGAAACGAUAAAAACUUAACAGGGACUGUUAGGUAUGCUAGCACCCACACGCAUAAUGGAAUUGAACAAGCUAGAAGGGACGAUCUUGAGUCUCUUGGUUUCAUACUUGUCUAUUUCUUCAAUGGUUCCUUGCCUUGGCAAGGAAUCAAAGCUCAAACGAAGAAAGAGAAAUAUGAAAAAAUAAAAGAGUCUAAAACCUCUACUACUUCAGCAAGUCUUUGUGAAGGACUUCCUGAAGAAUUCGAGACAUAUUUUGACACUGUGAGAGACCUCAGUUUCGAAGAAAGACCUGACUACACCCUUCUCAGGAACCUGUUCAAACAAGUGAUGAGGAACAAAGACUAUGAAUAUGAUUUUAUAUUUGACUGGAUGGUUCCAAGUUAA